CAACACAUUAGGCGUAUAUAACGUAAUGCAGUAAGAUGUUCCCUGAUGAUCCGUUGUUGUUAAGAAUCCAUUCCACUUGAAACAUCCAAUGCAGUGUCGCAAAGAACUAGAAUAGUGAAACGAAUGCAAGACUGCCCUUACUAUGUCCGAGCAGAGCUGCUUGGGGACAAACUCGCACGUAAUCUUCCAGAUUUCAAAAUUCACAAGAUUGUGAAAACAACUGCAGAAUGGCCGGAAUGGCUUUGUGAAAUAUGUGAGGCAAAUGGUUGGAAGCAUGAACAAUCACCAAUAAUUUGGAGAGAAUUGGUUGAUCGAGGUGGGAAAGGUGUUUUAAUUGGUGGAUCGAAUGAAUUUGAAGAAUAUGCAUACGGCUACUAUGGCGUUACUAUUGAUUUGGACGGCAAAAGUAUGAAAAUCAUUGCUUAUGAAAAUCAAACCACGAAAAUCGAACUUGAUGAAGAAGAAAGAGAAAGGAUAAGAAACGAAAAAUUCAUUAAAGUGUGCAUAACAAAUGCUAGUAGCCCAGUUUGUUUCAGUUUGGUCGACAGUUUACUCUCAGGGAAAAUAUUUGGUAAAGAGAAAAUUUCAUUGUGUCUUCUGGACUGCGAUCCAGCACAGACAGCUGAAUUGCAAUACAUCGCUGAAAAUAUACAAAACAUGGCUUAUGGACUUCUGUAUUUGAAUGUCUUUGUUACAUCUGACUGUGAAAAAGCUUUUAAAGGAAGUAGAAUUAUUAUCUUUUUGGAUGAGGUAGAAAGGAAAGAAGAGGAAAAAGUACAUCGGUGGACGGAAAGAAACGCUGUUCUUUUUGGGUUUUAUGGGACAACUCUGUUGAAAGUUGCCAAAAGUGACACGUUGCUAUUAGUUGCAGGAAAUAAUUACAUGUGUUUAAAUAUGAGCAUAUUAAAUGAGAUUGUUUCUCACAUUUCAUCCAGAAAUAUUAUUGGUGUUUCAAAAGUAAUUGAAAACCAGGCCAAAUCUGUUUUAGCUGAAAAACUGCCAGCAAGCAGCUGCUCCAUUGAUAACGUUGUUAUAUUGGGAAGUAUCAGCAAUGAUUAUUUGAUAGAAUUGGACAAGACUUUAGUUAGAGAGUUUGAUUGUGCAGUUGUUGGUCCAGCUACAUUCUCUCAGCCAUUAAAUGAUAUUUUUCAUCAACAAAGCUGGCUCAAGAAGGAGUAUGUAAAUGAAGUCAGUUCAAGAAAACACGUCAAUGAAAUGAAUUUACGGCACCCUACCUACCAUCUCAUUGGUCAUGCCAUAACAACAACAUUAAAUUACUGGUGGAAUGGUUUAUCAUCAAAUGCCAUAUUCUCUGCGACUCUUAUAUCCAAUGGUUGGUAUGGUGUUCCAGAAGGCAUCGCUUUUUCAUUCCCAGUAGCAUUUUAUCUACCAUUAGCAUAUUCUGUCAUUGAAAAUCUGAGUAUAUCUGAAAACUGCAGAGAAGAUAUGGAUUUAAUAAUCGAAAACUUGGUAAAAGAUAGAGCCUUGUUUGUAGUCAAGGAUGGAAAGUUGAUCUCAAAAGUUGUGUCUGUUGAAUCAUUACCAGAAUCAGAAGAGACUGAUUACUCAGCGUUUAUGAGUUCCAGAACACCAUCCAGUCAAAGAAGUGACGUCUUAAGCUUUCUGUUGGAAGAAAUGGUUGAAGAACAAGAAGCGCUGGAGAGGAGACGUACGAAAAUGUCCAUAUCCUCAAUGCCACGUGGGAGCCUAGACAGUGAGCACGACUUGGAGCUUGAAAAUCUAGACGCUAUAAUGCCUGAAGAAGAGGUGGAAGAGGAAAUUUCAGAAACUGCAUUAAAUACUGAAGAUAUCGAGAUAGAAGAUAAUAAUAAUAAUCCACCAGCAGAAGAAACUGAACAAUAAUUAGUUUAUAAUCUAAACUAAAAUAUUUUAUUAUUGAAAAAGA